AUGAGCAGAGCCAAGCCGCUUUCAAUGGAAGAGAAAACCAAAAGGAUCCUUGACCUACUCCAAACAAAAGACACAGUAUUCAAUCUAAAAGAACUAGAAAAGUUAGGACAGAAAGAGAAAGGAGUCGUUCCACAGAGCAUGAAAGAGGUAAUUGACAUUCUUGUGUCAGAGAAUAAAGUGAAAGAGAAGAAAGUGGGAAUAACAAAAUAUUAUUGGAGUUUUCGGUCUGAUAUAAAGCUGUACAAAGAAGUAGAGACAAGGAAGUUAAUCAAGGAGAUGGAAGGGUUAAACAAAGCAAAGGAUCUUCUAAACGAAGAGAUAUCUGUUAUGAAACAAAACAGAUCCACUCUACCGGAUAGAGAAGCAAAGAUAUCACAACUGAAUGAGAUGAAGAAGGAUUUAGAAGAAUCAACUAAAAAAGUGGCAAUUCUUGAUGAGAACAAUCCUAUAAGGAUUACCAGGCUAAAGGAAGAACUAUCUGUAGCCAAACAAGAUUUAUCCGACUGGGGAGAUGCUUUUAAUAUUAUUCAGAACCACAUAAAAGACAAAUUUAACAUAACACAGCAAGAUUUUGUAAAAUCAUUUGGGAUAACAGCAUCUGAUAUGGAGAAGAUAGAAGAAAUAUAA